AUUUGCUCGGUAUCACGUCAUUUGAUUGGGAAUGACGUUUAGUUGAUAAUUUAUUUUACAGUAAAUUUUGAAGGCAACGUCGUGAUCGAUUAUUUAUUGUGCAGUGAAUGAUCAUAUUCUUGUGUUGACACCUAUCAAUAGUUUGACACUUAACACUCGUUGCGAUACACGUUUCGGAUUUUUUAAGUGUUUCUCUGAGCAAAGCACAACGGGGGCCGAACAAUCCGCAAUGUCCGUCUCUCAGAUGGAAAAAAAUCUGUUCAAUUUAAAGUUUGCUGUGAAGGAGUUGGAGAGGAACUCAAAAAAAUGUGAAAAGGAAGAAAAGAUCGAGAAGGCCAAAAUAAAGAAGGCUAUUCAAAAAAAUAAUAUGGAAGGAGCAAGGAUACAUGCAGAAAAUGCAAUUAGACAGAGGAAUCAAGCUUUGAACUACCUAAGAAUGAGCGCACGAGUCGAUGCUGUCGCUAGCAGAGUACAGACAGCUUUGACGACAAGAAAAGUGACUCAGUCGAUGGCUGGGGUAGUUAAAGCAAUGGAUGCAGCUAUGAAAUCCAUGAAUUUGGAGAAAAUAUCGGGACUCAUGGAUAAAUUUGAAAGUCAAUUCGAAGACUUAGAUGUACAGAGUUCGUACAUGGAAAAUGCCAUGUCACAGACGACAACAACUAACGUGCCUCAAAAUGAUGUAGAUUCAUUGAUGAAACAAGUGGCCGACGAAGCAGGCCUUGAGUUAAACAUGGAAUUGCCUUCUGGACAACUCGGAAGUAUCGGUGCGUCGACUGCUGUUAGUCAAGAACAAGAUGAACUUACUCAGCGACUGGCACGCCUUAGAGAGUAAUGGUAUAAAAAUUAUAACUUUAGCACUAUGGUUAUGUGCUUAUGGGUGUAAACUGCAGCAAAAGGAAUCACUGAUAUGCCAUCUUUAUUGGCUGAAAAGCUUUUGUAUAAAUUCAUUGAAUUAAGUCAAACGUUUAACAAAUUUCCUCCGCAUUACAAUUGGAUCUAUAUGAAUAUUUUAUUUGGCAGUUAUUGAUUCAGCAAAAAAUUAGUUGGUUAAUUCGCUUGUGCAAAUUUAUGGCAAAUCUAGUUAACAAGAACUUAAGAACACUGAACGUAAGCACAAAAUUAUCAAGUGCUGUGAAUUUUUAUUUAGCUAUAAGGUAGGAUAGCUUUUGAUAAGUGAAAGUAUCAGUUUACGUUACCAAUUUCAUAAUCAGGGUUGCCUAAUUAUUUUGAAACAUUAAACAAGAAUUUUAUAUUAAGAAAAAAAAUGACUGGUUUUGUAAAUGUAUUUCACUGCUAUUGCUAAUGUAUGUACAUACAACGGGUUAUAAAUAACAACGUUAAUAGCAAUUUCCGUUUUGCUAGCAUAUACACGAAAUUAAUAUUCAGUGUUCUUGUAAAUAAAUAACUUUAUCACAGAACUAA